UAAUAACUUUUUAACCUAAGGGACUUUUAAUAAUAAGUGUUUGCUAUUUACAACAACAAUGGCCACCAACAAAAAUAGCAGCAACAAAAUCGAGUCCGACUGUAAAGUAUUACUUGGCAAGAACGCCGGAGUACACAAACCAAACAUUUGUGACAGCGGCGGUAGUGGGCUGCUGGACUCAAAUGAAAAGAGCUCGUCCAGCUAUCACAAAAAUGUGGCCAACCUGGUCACCGAUCGAGAUGCUACCGAGUACAACAUGCAACACAAAAAUCGCGGCAUGGCGAUCAUCUUCAAUCAUGAACAUUUCGAGGUGCCCACAUUGAACUCCCGUGCUGGUACGAAUGCGGACUGUGCGAAUCUGUCACGCGUGCUCAAACAGCUGGGCUUUGAUGUCUCUGUGUACAAGGACUGUCGAUACUCGGAGAUUUUGAGUACAAUUAAGGAUGUAUCAUCGCAGAAUCAUGAGCACAACGAUUGCAUACUGGUGGCCAUACUCUCACACGGCGAAAUGGGCUACAUCUAUGCGAAGGAUACUCAGUACAAGCUAGACAAUAUCUGGAGCCACUUCACGGCCAAUCACUGCCCCACGCUGGCUGGCAAACCCAAGCUGUUCUUUAUACAGGCCUGCCAGGGCGACCGCUUGGACGCGGGUGUCACAAUGCAACGCGGCCGCACCGAAACCGACGGCGACUCCUCAGGGGGCUACAGGAUACCCAUCCAUGCGGACUUUUUGAUUGCCUACUCCACCAUACCGGGCUUUUACUCGUGGCGCAACCCCUCGAAGGGCAGCUGGUUCAUGCAGAGUCUGUGCGCUGAGCUGGCCGCCAACGGCAAACGUGAGCACAUUCUCACCCUGCUGACGUUCGUUUGCCAGCGUGUCGCUGUUGAUUUCGAGUCCUGCACACCGAACACACCAGAUAUGCAUCAGCAGAAGCAAAUACCAUGUAUUACCACAAUGCUGACACGCAUAUUGCUAUUCAGUGAUAAGAAAGUAAUUAAUUAACGAUUCAUUCUAACUAGUUGCUAGAGCUGACUAACACCUCUGAUGGUAUUCGUACAGCUGUGGGCAGGAUAACCCUCAAGCUAUAAGAAAAAAGCAAACGAAUCCACAAAUAAAUUAAUUAUCAAAACUUUAAACAUUGAAAUGAUCUACAGAUAGUACUAUUAGAGUAAUUUUUAAUGCAAUUGCUAGCUCCUGCCAUAUUUUACAAUUUUAUAUCAGCUUUCUAUAACUUUUAUAAGCAAAAAUAAUGAAUUUUAGCUUUUUAUACAUAUUAUAUACGUACAUAUUUAUAUAUUUACUCAAU